AUGCAGCGCGAAGGUGCUGUUACGCAGAUCUGCGCGGUGUCGGUGGUCGUCUGUCAACCGUCGACCUGUUUGACUGCCUACGACCGGAGAAAAAAAUGCAUCAAUCCAGCUAUUGCCGCAAGUCUGCUAGACGUGCUCCGCAGGAACCAACGUUACAACAAUGACGACGAUGGCGAAGAGGAAGAUAAAUACCAUGGUUACCGUCAUGAAGAGGACGAUGAAGAAGAUAAAUACCAUGGUUACCGUCAUGAAGAGGACGAUGAAGAAGAUAAAUACCAUGAUGAAGAGGACGAUGAAGAAGAUAAAUACCAUGGUUACCGUCAUGAAGAUGACGAUGAAGAAGAUAAAUACCAUGGUUACCGUGAUGAAGAUGACGAUGAUAAGGAUAAAUACCACCGUCAUGGUCACGAGGAGGACGAUGGCUACGGCAAACACGUGUCAUACGGCUAUGCUGACACCGGUUACGGCACCAAGCACAAUGGCUAUGGCUAUACCGACCACGCCGACGAUCAUUACGAAGAAGAUGAUGAUGACGCUGACGAUGGUAACGAUCGCAACGACGGUGAUGAUGACGCUGACGAUGGUAAAGGUAAAUUCAUUCGGCGCGUCUAUGAUGGUUUUCGGCACGCAUCGCGCCACUUUGGGCCUCCUCGCAUCUCCGCGGGAUUCAGACUCGGCGGUGGCCAGGGAGGACACGGAGGACUCUUUGAUUUUGGUGGCUUCAGCGAGUAUAGCGAGCAUCCAGUCAUACAUCUCAGGAUAACUAAGCAUAUUCCAGGUGAUUACAAACGAUACGGCUAGGAAUAGGAAUCGAAUAUUAACAAAUUACUAGUCAUUAUUAUAAGAAUAUGAUCUUGGCUGGGGUGUUUCGGAGAUUACAGCGGUUACGUUUAGGCGUUGAAAUCGAAUACAUUAGCUAAUACUAAUUGUCAUUUUAAUAAAAGCGUGAUUUUUAAUUGUACUUGUUUAGGAGGGUACAGAGGUUAUGGCUACGCGUUAAGAUCGAAUACUAAUAAUUUAAUUGUCAUUAUCAUUAGAAGGUGAUUUUUAGUUGUAUUUGUUUCGAAGAUUACAGAGAUUACGACUAUGAGUUGAAAUAUAAUAUAAUGAACUACUUGUUAUUAUUAUAAGAACGUGAUUUUGAAUUGUUUCAUAUUUCUGAGAUUACAACGGUUAUUAGGAGUUGAAAUUUAUAUAUAUAUCGAGCAUGGCGCUUGGAUUGGUAAGAACAAGAAUAAAGAACGAGAAUAA